UGUGUGUUUUGAUAUUUUGUUGUUUAUUGUCAUUGUAUGUUUAAGGUUUAUCAUAAUUUAGAACAAAGACGUGAUAAUGAAUAAACAUAUAUGUGUUUAUGAUAUUGUUUUUGCUACUGGUUUUUGUUAUAUUUUCAAAUGUGUGCCAUGAAGAAUGGAUUUAAAGCUAUAGACUUUAUAGAUAUGAAAAGUUUGAAUUUAUUGUAAUGUUUAUUUAGGGAUUAUUGAUCGACUUGAAAAACAGCAAGAUUGUAAUGUGGUACAGUUAAUACAACUGCAGAAAUGGAUUCAUUUAUGAAGAUGGCAAAAACUUGAAGUCAUUUUAAGAAAUUCAUCGAAAAACAAUUGGCAGAUUUGUUUUGACUUGGUGAAAAUCUGAAAUAGGAGGAGUCAUAGCAUUUUUACUUCAUUAGGCUACCUUUGACAGGUUGCUAUGCCAGUGCAGCAGAUAGCUGUUGUAUCACCGUGUAAUAAUAGUAUGGAUAACUCAGGGAUCCGAGCAGCAGAGAAUGGGAUGGAAAAUGGAGGGAAUGUUAUAACUGGUGGGAAUCAGGAUACUGGUUUGAAUGUCACAGAUUGUGAUCAAAAUUUAGCCUUAAACUGUGAUACAGAUAUUGUGAAUGAUAUUGCGCUUAGUGACGCAGCUGUAGGUGCCAGUGUUAAUGCACACAUUGUAGCUGAUACUGUGAUAAUAGGAGAUAUGAACUCGGACAGUUUAUCUGACGAUACCGGCAAACAGUCGGACAGCGGAACUGACUGUCAUGUACAUGUUCAGGUUGUAAGACCAAGAACCGACACACCAAGUAAUGGAAAUUCAGACAUAUCAAAUAGUGGAAAUGUAACAAACACAGAGAAAAGGUCACAGACUCGAAACACAAGCAAGUCGAGUAAAAAAGAAAAACCUACGCCUCUCAAGAAAAAGGACAGUGGUACCCAGGAGACUUUGCAUCCCAAUUCCCCGACACCAAUAUCUGCCGAGCGCUGUGACUCAUCCAUGUCAAACGUGGAUGUUUGUCGGAUAUGUCAAUGUGAUAGUUGUGAAAUCCAGAAAGAGUCGCCUCUCGUGGCCCCAUGUUUGUGCGCCGGGAGUCUCAAGUUCAUACAUCAAGCUUGUCUACAAAAAUGGAUCAAAAGUUCAGACAAGAUGUCAUGUGAACUUUGUCAGUUUGAGUACCAAAUGACGAAGAAAACAAAACCAUUCCGUGAGUGGGAGCGGCUCGACAUGACGCCUGCAGAGCGUCGAAAAGUUGUAUGCAGCGUCACAUUCCAUGUGAUAGCGAUUACAUGUGUCGUCUGGUCCCUAUAUGUGCUGAUUGAUAGAACAACCGAGGAAGUAGAGGCCGGUUCCUUGCUUUGGCCGUUUUGGACUAAGUUAAUUGUUGUGGCGAUCGGAUUUACUGGUGGUGUUGUGUUUAUGUACGUGCAAUGUAAGAUGUAUCUGACAUUGUGUAAGAAGUGGCGUACAUAUAAUAAAGUGAUCCUUGUUAGCUCCAUCUCCGAGGCGACAAGAGAUAAGGCAAAUCACGAGGGUAUCGUUAGAAUGACUGAAAAACAAGCCCAGCUUGAAGCUGAACGCCGGACAAAUUUUGAUGUUUUUACCAUUGUUCAAGAAACAGACAACACUUUUUAAAGUGCAUAAAAUGUUGUUUAGCAUUUCAGCAUCUUUACCUUUACCCAACUACGCAAAUGGUUCUAAUGUUGAGGAUAAAUUAACUAAACAGAGUGCUAUUGGGUCAUCGUGACCAUUUUGCAAACAUUGGGCAAUCAUGAUGACUUAAUUUGUUAAAUAUAAAAAUAUAUAUCAUAUAUAAGAAUCCAUUUAAUGUUGAUGAUUUCUAUAUAUUUUUUUGUUUUUUGUUGUUCUGUGAUUAUUUUUAUAGUAAAAAAAGAUGUGCAUUUAAUUUGUUUUUAUUAGUUAUUUAGUUGCUAAGUGUAAACAUAUUUAUUUUCUUGUGAUACCUUUUAAAAUGCUUUGUUUUAUUUUGUGAUAUUUUAAAAAAAUAAAAAGCCUUUGCAUUGUAUUUUUUUUCUGGGAGAAAAAUUUAUCAUUAUUCUCAAAGCCUUUUUAGUACCGGCAAGGUUAUUAAUUUCAUGCUUUUUCUUUGACUUACUGAAUUUACUGAAAUGUUAAAGUGUUAGGUGACUGUGUUAAGUCUGGUAUGGUGAGAAACUAAAGAAACACCAUGCUUUAUUAAAAGAUCUGAAUCAAAUAACUGUUUACUUUAAUCUUCCAUGAUUUGUGUCUAUAAAAAGAAUAAAGUAUAUAUAUAUAUAUAUUAGUACUAAGAUAUUAGUUCAGCCCGACACUUUGACUGUUUAACCCAUAACCUACUAUAUUUCUAUAAUGGAUCUGUCCUGCUUUGAAUUUUGGAACAUUCCAUUAUUUAAAGUUACUAAAAAUGUUCAGUAGCUCAUUCAUUUUGUAUUUUUUGCCGUUAUUCAUUAAAUUUAUUUAGAUAUUUUUGGCAUAAUUUAUUCCAGGUUGCCCCCUUAUAAGAAACUAAAUUUUAAGAUACAUAAAAGGCUUUGAAUAUGUAUGUAUAUAGAGAGAUUUUUAUACAUCUGCAUCAACCAGACAUGUUUAGAUAAGUCGUUCACAUUUUUAUAUCACUAUGGUUCACACAUCAUUGAAAAUUUAAAGUAAUUUAUCAUGUUUACACUCCAUGAAAUAGAUUACAUUUUGAUGCAGACAAAAAAAAUCACGACUUGUCAUUGUUAAAAAAUGCAGUAUGUUAUAAAUUUGUUUAGAUUUUUUUUCCCAUACUUAAAGUACUGGUUUUGUCAGUAAGAUAUGAUUUGUAUCAUUCACUCCAUUUUACUGAAUGUAUAAAUGCCGUUGUAUUUCAUCAAUAAGCAUGGAAUUAAAAGAAAAGGUGCAAUUUCUAUUUUUGUUUAUACAUUAAAAAGCUAAGUUAACAUGGUAAUGAUGGAUUAAGUAUAACAUUAUUUUACCUAAAAACUUACACAGAUAUUAUAUGUGUUUAACAAGAUGGAAUUUCAAAUUGUAUCUGUCUUACCUUUCAUACAGAUUCAACUUACUGUAAAAAAAUAAUAAUUAAAAAAUGUAAAAAGCAACAUUAAACUAAUUCCCCUUUUCUAUAGUUUUACUAUGAAGUGUUUCAAAAAUUUACAGCAUCUAUACAACCCCACAAUAUGCCUGCCUUCACUGGCCAAUAACCAUCAGGUAGAGCGUUGGUCUGUGAAUUAGGCAAAACUUCCAGUCUAACUUUGCUGGAUAAUUACCAGUUUCCCUAAAAGUUACCAACUACUAUUCCACCAUUAAUCACUUUGUAACUAUGCCUACAAGAAGUUAGGAAUGAAUCGCACUAAUUUUAAAUAUUAUGUUUCAUACAGCAUUAUUAUUUCACAUAAAUAUAGUCAUUAGUGAUGAUUUUUGUUCUGAGUUUGUGUCAUAUAAAACAACAUAUUGUUAUGUCGAGGAUUAUUGUUAUAAAUUAGAACAUAAUGGUUAUUGUAGAAAAUUUAUCAAUUAAUUGUGUCACAGCAAAAAGCUUCAUUUGUUUCUUUUAUUUUCUGCAUCUAACACAUACAUUCUGCAUUUUCAUCGCUUGUUCUUGGUGAUUAAAAUUAUUAGUUUCAUUUUUCUUUUAUCACUGUUUGUUAUUGUUGACUGGUAUGGUCAUUAAGAAAUGUACUUAUAUUACAGAUUUUACAACACAGGGUUGUUUGUUUUUAUAUAAAUAUAUAUUUCAUAUACAUGUACGUCACAUAGAUCUCCAAGUUAUUACCUUUUUAAACCAGUAACAGACUCUUUUUAUCUGAUUAACUGCUGUCUUCAAAUGUGAAAUCAGCCAGACAUAGAAUUGCAUACUAUACAUACAGUUCUAUGGUUUUUCAUACAAAUCUUUUAUUUUUAACAUGAAAUAAAAAAAAUUCUUGUUCUCUCUGUUGGCAAUGAUAUUAACAUUUUGUAGAAUCUUGUUUUAUUACUUAAAAAAACAAAUUAUGUGUAAAAUUCAAUUAUUUAUUACAUAAUAAUCCAUUGAUCUAUGUCAGAGGCAUACAUAUACCUGUAGUUUUCUAGUUAUCUACAUCUCUGAUAAUGUUGAACAUUAACUCAUAGUAAUAUAUAACAUAUCGCAUGUUUCUGUGUUUCAUAAAAGAAAUCAUUGUCAGGACUAAUGUUAAAUUUCAGGUUUUUCUUUUACUGCUGUCAUCCAUGUAUAACCCUGUUUUACUAGUUAAAUCCCAAGGCCCUUAUAUUUCUUUCUCUCUGUUUUAGUUGAUGGUAACUUGACUGGAACUUUAUUUUCUACUCUACAUUAUAUUAUAAGAAUAAAAUAAACAACAAAGACAAAAUGUCAAGACUUCCAUAUAAUAAUUGAAUAUGAAAAAUGACAUUAAUUUUAUUGUUGACAAAAAAUGUUUUAUUAAAGGUUUUCUUGAUGGAUGGAAAACCUUAAGUAUGCAAUUUCAUAUGGAAAAGGAAGUUUUAAUAGAAAUGCAUGUCUUUUUUUUCCAUAUUUAAAUUUCUAAUGUCAUUGAGUGAAUUUAAGUGAAUGGUGUAAAUAUGAUAGAAAACUUCCUGAUAUCCUAACAUAAUGCACACACGAUGUAGUAUAUUUGUUGACCUUAUCUCAUUACAUGAAGUUACGACAAACAUUGUAUAGUUUAUAACAUUCAUCAUGUGUUUGAUAAAUAAUACAACAGUGUUACUCAUUUGGUAAACAAGACUUCCGGAUAAAAUUCAGAUUUAUUCGCUCAUUCUGUUCUAAAACAAUCCUUUUAAUUGUGCAAAUAUGAACAAAUUUUUAACUCGAAAAGCAUUUUAUGCUUCUAAGUCAAAUCUGACAGAGAAUGACACACAAAAUCCAUUUUCAAUGUAAUUCCGAGUAUAUUUUUUUAUUAUCUUCCAUAAUAAACCAUACUUUCAGUUUUCAAAGUUGACGGAUAUGGGUUAAAAGGGAUGUCAUACUGCUACAGACUUUAAUAUCAUUCUGAUAUUAUUAUAUUUUUUUGUAGGCUGUAUUGAAAAUAAAAAAACACAACAUUUUACUGGCGAAAUUAAAUUUUUUAUUUUAAAUGGUUUUUAAUUAUUUUACCUGUUUGGAUCUGAUAGUUAUUACAUGUUCAGCUGAGGUACACAUUCUCUCUUAAAGUUUACAUAUCUGUUAUUUGCUUAAAAUUUAUUUUCAGAGAUACUUUCAAAUAUUUUCUCUUGCUCAUAGUCUGUGACAGCCAUGAUUUAUUCUUUGGUAACAAUUUAAUGGAUUAAUAAAGAGUCCUGUAACUGACCUAGAUAUAGAUUUGAUCAUAUUUUUCACAGAAGACUUAAAAGAAUUAUGUCAGUCUGUCUCUUAAUUAAAUUUACAAGACUGAAACACAUUUUGACGGUUUCUGUAAGCUUAAUUUACCACUAUAGAUUCAGAAAUUAGGUAUUUAAAAGCUAUAGCACAAAAAAUGUAUUGGUAUUGUAUUAUUAUGGUUGGUCCUUGCCUGUUCAGUUUUUUGUAAGUACAUGCAUGUAUACCUUGAAGGUCCCGUAACUUACUAUGUACAAUUUUCAGUUUAAAAAGUAAGUAGAAGACCAUGUUUUCUAAUAUGACCAGAGAGAAUGAAUUAAGAAGAUCUGAAUUUUGUCAUCAUCACUUUUAUCAUCAUCAUCAUUCAUCAUCAAUCAUCAUCAUCAUGAUAAUUUUUAUCCAUUUUAUCAGAUGUCAUUAUCUCUACACAAAUUGAUCUGUAUCUAGAUAGCAGAUGUUUUGUAGUACUGGCUACAACUAGUUAUCUGUGAAAAUAUAUGAUGUUAUAAGAUGUUACAGCUUUGUAGAUGCAUGCAACUGUUUUUCCUUGAUUUUUGCACAAAAUUUGUCCGUAAUAUACUAAUGGGGACAUUAAAAUCACAGGUGGAAGGCGAUAAUUUAUGUAUAAGAUAUUUAACAUAGAUGUGAAAUAUACUUAGUCUAAUAGAUUGCUUGAUUUUCAGUAGAUUUCUAUUAGAAAUUUUUGCACAGAUUUCAGUUAAUUAAAACACAAUGUCAUGUUCUUUCACAUUCCAAUAUACCAAUUAUGUUGUUAUUACAUUUAGGGCUAAUGUAUCAUUUAUUUCAUCACAAUUAAUUCUAUGUGAAAUCAUCAUUCUAGCUUUGAACAUUUGCAAAAGCAGAAAAUAAAUAUCAUGAGGGAAAAAAGA